ACCGUUUGCUGGUUGAGACACGGUCCCGGAUAUACGCGUCAGCCAUAUUAAAAAUUGGAACAACUGUUUUUUCUUUUUUUGUUGGUGUUGAGUUAUUGUGAGUGUUUUUCUUAUUCGUCUCCUCCUUUUGUUAGGGUGCAACAUCACUCUCCAUCAUCCUUCCACGUUUAAUUUACCUUGAUAAGAAUUUCAUUACUCUGGUGUUCUAUUGUAUGUGAUGUUUGUGUAAUGUGUAUGUGUACCUCGACCUGAUUCGAACAGUUUAAUCCUAAUCCUGUUUGGAUGGAUAGCCAUUAUCAUCUUACAGGAACAGUGUUUAGUUGAAAUUAUAUUUCGGGUAAUUUAAAGGAGGAGGGGGCCAAUUUAAGUUAAGAUUGAGUACCCCCCAUUUUACUAGAUAAAUUCAAUCUGAAGAAUUCAUUAUUAUUAUUAAAGCCGGUUUCGUCCUUUUUUUGAACGUUUGGAUUGAGUAUUCUUUUUUUUUCUAUCGCGGCGGAAUCUCUAAAGGCGUCCUAAUCGAAUAUCUAAUACAUACUUUUUUCUGUAAGCAACGUAAAAAUGUAAUUUCUUCUUAUCCGCAUUCAAAUCUGCUAGGUGAUGCCCUUCUCUUUAUAUUUGUGUGUUAAUGGAGAAAAUCCUUGGCAAUGAAGAAAAUAUAUAUUAUAUCGGCCUAAAUUUGUGGAACGUGUGCGUUAGGGUUUUGUGAUUGCGCGAGAUUUUGCAGGUGUUUACUGAUUUUUUCCUAAGCUGGUGACGACGACCUGACCUUACAUCCCCCUCCCCUCCCCCCAUCAACCUUUCAUUCCUACGCUUUAUUACUACGACGACGACGACGAACAACGACAACGAAUAAGAACGAUUUCUCGGUUUAUUUUGCGCGCGCUAAAAAUCCACAUAAAAUCCUUUAACCUGUUAUUAGGUUUUCGUGAUAUGAUGUCUUUUUGUGGUAAAAUGUACAACCAUAUACACUUAUUUGUUUAUAGUGAUUCUCUGUGUGAUGUUUUCUGAUUUUUAUUCGUUCUUUUUAACUUUACGUAGAUAUCUCGAAUUCCAUGGAUGGUGUUAAUUUAAAAUGAAAUCUAAUGAAAAUCAGAUUUGAAAUCGAAAGCGUUAUUUUGAUGUGUGUUUGUGUUUAUUAUGCACAAUAAAAAAGAUUAGCUGAAAGAAUCAAAAAUAUAUCUUUGCUACAGCAUUGAGUUAAGAUUAAAAACAUAUAUCAAGGAUAUUUAAGGAUUGUUUGGUGUGGCAUCUCAUCAUUGGAUUUUCCUCUGGAUCAGGAGAGGGAUUGUGAAAAGGCCAUCAUUUGCUUCCUGCUACAUCAAAAAAAAAUUCUUAAUUGACUUUUCUUGUUGUCCAGAGUUUCUUGCAGAGCAACGAUACAUUAAAGAGACAACGAGUGUUAUCCUACAUCCAUCUAGAUAUCUAGCCAUCCUCCAUCAAACAGCGAGGCGAUGCGACGACAGACAUACGCAUAGGACAAGGUCUGAUUGGCUUAUUUGUGUAAUUAUUUUCAAUUAUCCUCGAAUUUUUGUGCUGUCGACAAAAUUAUAGAUACUUAUAUAGUCGAGUCGUUUUCUCGGGAAAUUUAUUUUCUAUAUUAAGCCAUCACAAGCACCAUCACUACUUGUCGUCCUUCGUUAACGCGAUGUCAAAAGAAAAACACAAAAACCUAUCAACGUUAUUAUUUGAAGGAUUGAUUUAACUAUCUAUCCAAACCGACCAGUUUCAAUCAUACGUGGUCACUAUAAGAAUAGCAGUACUAUAAGCUGGCAUUAAAAAAAAUAGAAAAACUUUUAACACAAAACCUAAAUACAGAAAAACUAUCUCACACCAGCAAGAAUAUACCUAGAAAGAAAUACCGAAAGCAAGAAAUAAUGAGAGAAAAAAAUAAAACCUCGGGCUCCGCAGGAUCCGGAGGAGGACGAGGAGCAAAUUUCAAACAAAUGGGAACUUCAAUCAAAUUGCGGCCAAUUAUAUAUUUUCUUCUUCAUCUAACGCUAUGCUUCCAUCACUAUGUCGACGCUUCAACGUUAUCUGCAGUAAAUGGUUUUCUUGAUUCAGAACGCCCUUAUUUUGAUGACAUUAGCCCGAGAAAUGUUUCCACAGUUGUUGAUGAAACAGCAAUUCUUAAAUGCCGAGUUAAGAAUAAAGGAAACCGAACUGUAUCAUGGAUGCGUAAGCGAGACCUACACAUUUUGACAACAAACAUUUAUACAUACACAGGAGAUCAACGAUUUUCUGUUGUGCACACACCCGGGACGGAUGAUUGGGAUUUAAAGAUAGAAUAUGCUCAGCAACGAGAUAGUGGCAUUUAUGAAUGUCAGGUCAAUACAGAACCUAAGAUAAACUUGGCAAAAUUAUUGGAAGUUACAGCUGAGGCCGAUCUUAGAGAUAAAUAUUCUGACCCCCAGUACUAUGAUGUCAAAGCUGCUCGAGCAAAAAUUCUGGGAUCGACUGAAGUUCAUGUGAAACGCGACAGUACAAUUUCAUUAGCGUGCUCAGUGAAUAUUCAUGCAUCGUCUGUUUCAUGGUACCAUGGAUCUUCUGUAGUUGAUUUUGAUUCAGUGCGUGGCGGUAUUAGCUUGGAAACAGAAAAAACUGAUGUUGGAACAACAAGCCGUCUUAUGUUGACUCGAGCAUCAUUUAGAGAUUCAGGCAACUAUACCUGUGUACCAGCAGCAGCGAUUCCAGCUUCAGUGCAAGUUCACGUUCUGAAUGGUGAACAUCCAGCUGCUAUGCAAACAAGUAGUGGAGUACCAAGCUCAUCACAUUUAGCUAUUGUUAUCCUUUGUGUUUUAUCGAUAGCGUCAUGUCAUCAAUCAAUCAUAUCACAAACAACGUCCAUUGAUCGUUUAUACCAUUCAAGAUGACUUCAGAAAGAAACAGGACACUUAAAAAUAAACAACAAUUUGUAAUAAAACAAAAUUUAUAGCGCAAAAAGAGUGGAUGUUGAUGUUAGUGGAGUUGGAGUUGAAGGUUAUACAACAAAAAUAACAAGUAAUUAUUUUUAAUCGAUAGGACAUCCUAAAAAGAAUAAUAAAAAACUAAUUUUUAAGGACUUAAAGAUUUUCAUUCACAAUAAAACCAAACAAAAAAAAUAUUUAUAUGCAUGUGUAUAUGUGUAUGCAUUUAAAGACACAAUGUGUAUGUAUAUGUAUUAUGUAUUUUAAAUUUAAAUUUAAAUAAAUAAAACAAAAAUUAAAUACAAAAAAUCAUACAAAAUUUAUAGACACAAAAAAACUUUACUAUGUAAUGCGAAAAGGUUUAUAGUUAAAGGAUAACAACCUUUGACUGUGUAACGAUUAUAUAUAUAUAUAUGUAUUAGACUUUUUCAAAAUAAAAUGAAAAACUAAAUGUCUUCAAUUUUCAAUGGAACUAACUUUUUCGUUAGUAUUCAGAGUGAACUAAUAAUUUCUCCAAAAAUUGCUUACGUCUUCAAGCUGCUGUUUUUUUCUUUUACUCGCUUUGUGUUUAAUUUGAACGAAUCUUUAUUUUUUUUUUUAAAUCAAGUCGAUUUUAGCUUUUAAAACACUGUUAAGGAAGGCAUGUAAUCUACGCAUUACUUGAAAACGCUUACAAACAGUGAUUAAAUUGUCGUUUUACCCAUUCAGUUGACUCAAAAAACCUUUUUACGUAUGAAAUACUUUGGAAGUUAAAACAAGAAUAUUUUUUUCUUAGCAUUUUAAUGGAGUAGUUAGCAUCGAUUGGUGUCAUACAAAACCUCAAAGUAGGAAAAAAAAUGUAAAAAGCGUUUACGAAAAUAAUUGCUCGUUCGUUCAUUGGAGCGGAGUGUAUGUUCAAAUUUGAACAAAAAUUCAAACUGGUUUCCAAUUAAAAAAAUACUCCAUUUUCAGAAAAUUAUUUUUAUUUAUAUUUGUUUUACUUAACUUACUUUUUCUUCCUCCAAAGGAUAUUUUCAAUGGUUAGGUAGAAAAUAAUGUAUAAGUUCAACGUAACUCAUAACAAAUUGGUCAUAAGUCAUGGACCUAACCGAAAAAUUGAAACUAAAAUAAAGUGCGCGGGCUUUUGCUACCGUGUGAGCAUAAGAAAAGGAAUACAGGCUUAAUGCUAAGGUAUUUCAUAUUCGCACAAUUCAGCUAAGGAACGAAUAUCUGUACUUGACAACGAUUGUUUUCGGAAAUAACUUUAGGUUAAGGAUGAGUGUCGGAGACAGGACAGAGCCCUGGGGCACGCCAGAAUACAUUAUUUAGAUGUUAGACCAUUAACCAUGUCAUAGAACUUGUAUUUAACUAUCCGGAAAGUAAUUUAUGUUGCAAUCAAGUCUAGAUAGAAUGAGUCUCUAUUGAAUGCUUUUUAAAUAAUAAUCUUGAAAGAUGAAAUGAAACAGUUAAAACAGGUGAUUGGCAAAGCUUCAUAUAAAAGCCUUGGAAAUGAUGAGUAUGAAUGGUUCUUGAGAUAGAAAAUAAGAAAAUAAAAAAAAUAAAAACAAAAAUAUAUCAAAAAAUCAAAAUUUGAGGAGAAAUUUGUAUUUUUUUCCUAUCCUAACGAAAUACCUAGUUACGUUGAAAAUCGAAGAUUUUGCGGUUUUUUAAGUCAGUAUGCAUAUAUGUAAUAAAUAGGUUUAUCUCUUUAUAAAAGAUUUAUUUUUAAUUAAAUUAAAAGUAAACCUACCGAACACUAUAAAUACAUCAUCAUAGAUUUAUUUGAAGAGAACAUUGUAAAUAAUGCGUUGAUUAUAUUUUGUUUGGUAAUUGUAUAUAUAUUAAAUGUUUAUACAGACUUUCUUACUAUAAAUUUUUAUUCAUUCAAAUUAGGGCUAAAUACUAUUUUUGGUCAGUAUCAUAGUAUGAGGAAAGUGAUGAAAGGUUAACGCAAAACUUGAAUUCAAAUCAAAACCAAGUCUAGAAUUAAGCUCGUUAUGCACAACCGAUUUCCGGAAAAUAAGAAAUAAACCUCCUAAGUGAUUGAGAGUGGUUUGGAGCAAAUAGUAUGUCGAGUAUGUAAAUGUAAUUGAAAACUAAAUACGAGAAAAGGCAGUAUAUUUGACUUACAAGAAGGAGUCGAACUUCUCCCUUAUAAUUCGUCACACUCAAUUCGAAAAUCGAUAUGAGCAAUAGCAACAUCACAUUAUCUUCGUUAACUCUUUAAAAACUUUAUUUGUGCCUGCACAAAAUUAUGUUUUUUUAAAAUAUUUUUUUUAAGUUGCCUUGUACUGGUUUUAAAGCUAAAAUUUUUGCUUUUAAAGUAAUUCAGUCUUAAUAUUCAGAGAAUACCCAGUGCACGAUCUUCGGAGAUAAAAAUUGAUACAAACUUGUAUUUACUUUCAUUUACAGUCAAAGAUGGCAAAGCAAGGAUUUUAAAAAUUAAUUUUCGUUUCAUUCAUUAAUAUUAAAAUUUUCUAAAAUCUAAUUAAAAUUUUAUAAAAUUUUUUUCCGGGAUCAACUUCGUCCAAUCGCAUUACAAUUUGUAACUGACAGUUUUGUAUAAAUGUGUUUCAUUCAGUUUGGUUACAUUCGAUUGUGAGAAUCCUUUUCGAAAUAUUAGGAAAUUAGUUUUUCUCUGAAGUGCAUUGAGCGAAAAGCAAAUUGACGGAACACUAAAAUAAUUUGCAAAAACCAUAAAAAUCGUUAUAACUCGAAAAGAAGCGAAAUCAAGAAAAUUACUUUAAAUGUUUCUGGACUAAAUAUUA